CUACUGACUUUCACUCUUUCCACGUUUGCAGUCCAAGCCGGAUUCACGACAAACUUUGAUCUCCUGCUUACAUUGAUUAUAAUUUCGGCAGAAAAUGGAAACCUAUAGAACACACAUUGUCAUGUGGACUGUCCUGUGGUUAGUAGAAGUCUUCCUGUGUGCCUCAGCCCAUUUGGAGCCGCUCCAAGCUAUUGUGGGACAAAACGUCCUCCUGCAAUGCCCCUGCAAGAAGAGAAAGGAGAGAAUGGACAUGAAAUGGCAGUUAGAAGACCAUACCACCGUGCUUCACCACAGUGGAAGGCAUAACAUCACAAACAUCGGGGAGGGAUAUGAAAACAGGGUCCGUCUCUUUCAGAAUGAAGAUAAAGACAACUGUUCCCUGCUCCUCUCAGGCAUCACUGUCGCAGACAAUGGGAUGUACAAAUGCUUCUUUCAAACCCAGACUUUGGUCUACAUUCACAUCACUCUGCAUGUGAUUGCCAGCUACAGUGUAUGUAUGUACCAGGUACUAGACCAGGCUUCGAUGGGUUCCGGAUGGGGAGAGAGGUUCGGGGUGUACCAGUGUAAAGCCAACGGGGGAUACCCAAAGGGCCAGAUUCACUGGAAGAUGGGUGGACAUCCUCUGGUGAACACCUCCAGGAGGGAUGAGACCCACCUGGAUAACUCUACAGGACUAUACAGUCUGACCAGCAUCCUGACUAUGGAUCGGAGUCAGGGUGAAAAACUGCAGUGUAUGGUGGAGAACACAGACCAGGCUUCUACACUCAACUCCACCUGCAAGGAAAAGCCUGUAUACAUUAGAGAGAGUCUAUUGGAGAGUCCUGAUAAAGUAGCAGUAGCAGCAGGUGUGUCUGUCAGCGUGGUUGUGAUGCUUGUUGCGGGAGUCCUGCUGGUGAUCUUCUUACUGACUAGAUGUCACCGGCGUGAAACGUCAACGAAGCAGAGAGACACCGAGGAAAGAAGCGUGACCCAGCAGUUGAACAUGUAUGAACACGGAGUGUGUGGAGCAUCUUCUCCCUCUGAUACAACAAUCUCUCCUCAAAUGACGGACGACAAAAUGGAGGGAUGGUGACUUGCGACAAGACAAACUUCAACUUAAAAUAAUGCCUGUGUUCAAAGUAGCAAUGUGGAGCAGCAUUGAACAAUGUAUUGUCAUGUCAUGUCUGAACCAUAUUCUGUGGCCAUUAUGCAACGAGGCAGGAAGUGAAAGAAGUGGAGAACAGCAUGAUGGGAGAAAUGACUGGUCAAUGGACUGAACAUGAGCCGAACUCAGUAAAUGAAGUCCAGAGAAAUCCCAAGAAAUAAAGUAGACCUAAGGCAGCCUGUAUAUUAUUGAGUUGACUAACUACAGGUACAUUCACAUUUCUAAGAAGAGAAGCAGAUGAUACAGGACUACUAUAGUUAACAGCCAUCAUGGAAACUCUUGUUACAUACAUCUACCGCAUGUUCCUGGUGUUACCCAUUUGAAUCAUGUUGAUAAUUCGCUUUCAUGUACAGCAGUCAUUUCACCAUUUAAAUAUGAAUUUAAUUAUCUGAAUAAUGUGAAGAAUAUGACAUGAUCAAUGUUUUCAUUGCUGCUUAUUAUUAUGAUGUAGCUUGCUGUGAAACAAGCGUGUCAUGGAAUGACUAAAUCAAAAGAUUAGUAACACUUUGGUCCAGGGUCCGUUUUGCUGUAUUAUUAACCAUAUUGGUUAAGCUUACAACACAGGAAGAGCUGAUUGGGAAUCAGGGAAAUAAAAUGACUUUUUAUAGGUCUUGUCCCGAGGGACUAAUACAAGUUUCACAUCUGUGUUCACAUUUAUUUUGUGAGAGAAAAAAACUACAGACAUUAUACAAAUACAUUAUCCGCCCACCUCUUCCCUUUCCACCCACCUCUCCCCUUUCCACCCACCUCUCCCCUUUCCACCCACCUCUCCCCUUUCCACCCACAUCUCCCCUUUCCACCCACCUCUCCCCUUUCCACCCACCUCUCCCCUUUCCACCCACCUCUCCCCUUUCCACCCACAUGACCUGCUUAUUUGAGUACAAAUAUCAAAGUAGUGAUUUUAAACUGUUAAUUGUUGAAGUCCAUAUGUUGAUACUUGGUUGCCUGGGUGUUAGGUACAGUGAAGUUAGUCAUCAUUAAGCAGUAAGAGAUUGGCAAGACAAGGGAUUGGUUUAGAUAAAAUGCUUGAUAAUGAUGAAGACAGAUUGCCAAAAGGAGAACAAUCUGUUUUAAUACUUUUAUACCACUUAUAUUUUAUGCUGUACGUGACAAUACUGGCUGUUUUUCUGUGUGUGAAAGUAUUGUUCAGUUGUUUUUAUGUGUUUGUACUGUUGGAAAGUAGCUGAAAUUCUCUGUCCUCUUCACUCUUGGUGUUUCUUUUUCAAAUAAACUAUGUACUGUGAAUAUGAAAUGAGAUAAACCCUAUAUUAAAUGCCAUAAUAAACCCUAUAUUAAAUGCCAUAAUAAACCCUAUAUUAAAUGCCAUAAUAAACCCUAUAUUAAAUGCCAUAAUAAAACCUAUAUUAAAUGCCAUAAUAAAGCCUAUAUUAAAGCACAGCAUUGAUUGUCACUGCUACACAGAUGAUACACAGCCUCACAUUUCUGUGUCACCAGAGGAUUCUAGCUCCACAGAUACAUUAUUAGACUGUUUUAGUGAGUUAAAUAACUUCCUCCAGCUAAAUCAAGACAAAACCUAGGUACUUAUUGUUGGAGCCAAAGCACAGCGAGAGAAUCUAGCAGCAUAUUUUAAUUCACAGGCAAUAAAGAUAAAACACCAGGUAAAAAACCUAAGUGUUAUUUUUACAUUCUGAAGUCAAUUUCGAAUCGCACAUUAGGAAUGCGACCAAAAUUGCUUUAUACCAGGAACAUUUUGAUUUGUGGAUGUUUCUCUCUCAGGCUGAUACAGAGAGACUCAUCCAUGCUUUUAUUACAUUCAGGUUUGACUACUGUAUUGCUCUCCUGUCUGGUCUACCCAAGAAAGCCAUUGGUCAACUGCAGAACAUACAGAAUGCUGCAGCACGGGUACUGACCAAGAUCAGACGGAGAGCACACAUUUCAUAGGUUUUAAGGUCUCUGUACUGGCUGCCUGUGAGUUCUGUAAUGCACAUUGCAUUGCAGUCCAUGUCUGAAAUGUUCUGUAUAAAAAAGCUUGAUUUGAUUAAAUGUCAAAAUAAACACAAUAUUAAAUGCUA